UCCAAUCGUCAUCCAUAACAUAAACUGUCAUUGAUUGAAUUGACUGAGUUGAACUGAAACUGUUAUCGGAGCGGGAAUGUAGAAAUCUCAGUUGUUGAUCAAAGUGAUUGUACCUGAGUAUUACGCGGCCUUAUAUAUAAAUUUCCGCAAUCACAAUGCCGCCAAGUAGCCUACGUGUAGUGUACGCGUUCGCAAGAGAAAUGCACCCAAAAACGAGUGAUGUGUUCAUACAAUACGGGACAGCCGGAUUCCGUACAAAAGCAAAUUUACUGGAACAUGUAGUUUACCGCAUGGGUCUGCUUGCGGUAAUUCGAUCGCGUGUAAAGAAUGGUCGCACAAUUGGCAUAAUGAUCACUGCAUCGCACAACCUGGAACCGGACAAUGGUGUGAAGCUUGUCGACCCCGAUGGUGAGAUGUUGGAGCAGAGCUGGGAGGAGAUCGCUACGAGACUUGCAAAUGUCAGUGACAAUGACUUGGAAUCAACCACUGAGCAGGUGAUCAGGGAGGUCAAAGCUGAUAUGUCUCUGAAGGCUAGUGUCUUCAUUGGAAUGGACACAAGGUAUACAAGUCCCCGAUUGGCGGCGGCGGCAUCUAAUGGUGUUAUAGCGCUGAAGGGAACGCCCAAGGAGUUGGGCAUUGUGACCACACCAAUGUUGCACUUCUGUGUGAGGUGUCGCAAUGACAACAAGUAUGGCACGCCCACUGAGGAAGGGUAUUAUGAAAAGAUAGUCGGUGCAUUUAAGAAUAUUCGCCAAAAGCUGCCAGUGUUCGGAGAGUACAAUACGACACUAUACGUGGACGGCGCGAACGGAGUUGGCGGCAAGAAGCUGAACAUCAUCAGAAAGAGUUUAGAUGGGGAACUGGACCUUAAUUUGUACAAUUUGGGUGGCAAUGGCGGCAAAUUGAACUUAAAUUGCGGCGCGGACUUUGUGAAGGUGUCGCAGAAGCCGCCGGUGGGAGUCGAACAUGUGCCUUUCCAACGGGUGGCCUCGCUCGACGGCGACGGUGAUCGCCUUAUCUACUAUUUCCUGGACGACAAAGAAAAUAUGCACCUAUUAGACGGCGACCGUAUCGCGACUCUGUACGCGAGCUAUAUCACCGAGCUGCUGAAUACGUGCGAAGCUCGAGACCUCAAGUUGGGACUCGUCCAGACGGCGUAUGCAAAUGGUGCCUCCACUAAAUACAUUACUGAGGAAUUGAAAGUACCAGUGACAUGUGUCAAAACAGGCGUGAAGCAUCUACACCACGCGGCUCUUGCAUACGACAUCGGUGUUUAUUUUGAAGCCAAUGGUCACGGCACAGUUCUUUACAGCCAAAAUGCCAAGAACACAAUCAGGAAAAUCACUCUCGAAGGGGAGCCAGAGCAAAGGAAAGCAGCGGAACUUCUAUUGAACAUCAUCGAUAUAACAAACGAGACAGUCGGCGAUGCUAUCUCGGAUCUGUUUCUGGUUGAGACGAUUCUGUGUGCCCGCGGAGAAAAUGUUCGCCAGUGGCUCGCUGCAUAUACAGACUUGCCCUGUCGCCAGCUUAAAGUCACUGUACAGGACCGCAACGCCAUAUCAACAACGGACGCGGAACGCCAAUGCACGGCGCCAGAAGGUCUGCAGUUGAAGAUCGACGAGCUGGUUGGCAAAUACGCGAACGGACGAGCGUUCGUUCGGCCAUCGGGGACCGAGGACAUUGUACGGGUCUACGCGGAAUCUGACACUCAACAGGAGGCCGACAAACUGGCAGUGGAAGUGUCGCAAGCGGUGUUCGAUUUAGCCGGCGGAGUGGGCAACCGACCGGAAUUACCUGCAUAAAUGUUCACUUCGCAAUUGUCACCAUUACUCCAUCGUUAUGCGUGCCAAUCUUUGGCCCCAAAUUAGACACAACAGAGCCAGAAAAUGCUUACGACUGUAAUUCCUAAUGGAUCAGUCGGAGACAAGCUCACAUUUGUAUAUUUGUGUCUAACAUGGUCAUUUGGGUUGGUUUGGUUUGUUGACCGGAGAUUUAGAAAUUUCAAUUCGGAAUUUCAACAAAAAAUGAUUAUAUGAAAAAAUGUUUAUUGAAUUAAUAAAAUCAGCACUACGUUUCGAAAGAGGUUAGUGCAGUAAUGUUUUGUUGUUAAUAGUUAUUGGACAAUCAAAGCGUGUAGUUCAGUAGUGACACACUUAGUUCUUAAUGAAGGUACUUGCAUUGUUUGUCUCUAUGUUCGUGUUCAUAACGCAGUAAUGCGUGAACAAUUGUAAAUCAUAAAAUUUAAAGAUACCAAAUUGUGAUGUUAAAAAAAAGUUUUGUUGAAAAUUGUGUGUUGUCUUUUGACAUUCACAAAAUUAUAAAAAAAAAAAUGUAUCUAAUUAAUGUCUUUGCUAUUCUAAUAGACAAAAAUACCAAGCUUAGCUUGAUACUUAUAUUAUUCGACACGAGAGGGGCGAUUCAAAGACUUUCCCACUGCCAUGGUUUCAAAUAAAGAUCAACCAAACACAGCUGACUUUUAACUAACUUAAAAUAAGGGAUACUCUGUUAACCUUUUGACUACUUUGUUGUUUGCAGUUCCUUUGCCCCUAAAACAUAAAUCUACGAGUUUAUACUAUACUUGGUUUUAGGUAAUUUAAAAAAAAUUGUAAACAGCUCUAUAUUCUGUCAUUAUAAACUGAAAAAAAAAAACAAAUGAUAGGGCCAGAAUAGGCAAAACAUUAUUUGUAGAGUAAAAUGGACUGCAGCGGUUAAAAAGUUAAAAUAAAUAAUUUCUGUCUUUAUUAAGUGUAAUCGGUACAACGUUUAACUAGUCUCAUUAUUUCAUUUUUAAUAUAAAUAAUAUAAUGUAAUUAUAUUAAUUAGAUAAUUUAGUAAAAAAUAUUAACGUCAAAAUCCAAUUUCAAAUUAGUAAAAAUGUAUAGUCAUAUUGUAAGUACAUAUACUUCAUAUUUGUUACCUAAAUAAAUCUUAGUAACACAUCUAUGACCAAUGUAUCUAACGUCCAAAUAUGUGAAUUUCAGUAAAUAAUUAUUUAAAUCCAGUGUAAAAAUUUUUUGCUUUUUUUUCUAUAUUUCACGUAAAAAUCACUUAUAAUGUACAGAUUUAUUUUCAAAAAUAUAUUAUUUAUUAUAAUCAAUAAAAAUAUUUUAAUACUUUUUUGUUACUUUCGUAAAUAUUUAUCCUUUUUAUUAUUUUUUAUAUUAAUUAAUAGAAAAAAUAUAUAUAUUUGCGAUUGUAAUCCCAGCUAGGGUAAGCAGAGGUGUUACAUUUUAGGUAUUGCUUAACUGUACUAAACAGAUAUGGUAUUUGAUUAGCUGGAAUCUACAAACGUUCAAUUUUAUCAUCAAGCAGAAAAAUUUUUGUUUUAUUCUCAGAUAUAGUCUUUCUAUAUAAAAUUUUUUUUCAAAAUCGUUCAACCGUUUAAGCGUGAUUUAAUUUUAAUAUUUAUAACAUUAAUAAAACAAUGAAUAUAUAAACAAUAAUCAUCACAAAGUCACAAAACUUUAAUUAUAUUAUUUUACAAUACAUUUAUUUUACUGUGCAUGCGAAUUUAUUUUAAUAUAGUGUAAUUUUAUAAUGUACCUUCACACUGCCUGACAUAGUGGUAGUAACAAUAAUUUUAGUAUAACUACUUUAUAUUAUCGUAAGUAUCGUAGUUUUUUAGGGUUCCCUAAACAAAUAUCAGAAACAGUAGUUUUUACUAAAACAGUGCAAAAUUCCGUCAGCAUUGCUACUACUUAUCAAACAUACUGCAGUCGAUUCUGAGGAGCCUUUCUCUAAAAUUAAUUUUUUAGUUUGAUACUAUCACGAAAGUACUAUUUUAUGGACCAUCAACUCAAAUCAUAUAUUAUUCGCUUGCUACAUGCUACAAUAAGAAGUUACAUACAUAUACAGGCACAUAACAUGCAGAGGUAUGUAAAUGUUAAAAUGGUUUUAAGUCUACAUUAUAUUACAAUUAUAAAGUCCAAACAUUUUCCAAAUUACAAUAUUCUUUAUUUCAAAUUAUCAUAUAAAAUCAAUCCAUCAAAAAAUAAGAUGAUAAUAAUUUUGACUUAAAUCUAUUAGAAAUUUAGUUCAUAAUGGUCCUUAAAGGUUUCGCUUUUAUAUCAAAUUGAAAUUUUCAAAUUUAGAUAAUGGUGCCACAGAAUCGACUCCACUGGCACUGCUUUUAUUGACAACUACUUUUUUGAAAUAUAAACAUAUAAAUUAAUGAAUAAUGUAAAGAAGUAUGACCAAUCAAGUUAAAAACUUUAAAGAGAGAUAUGGAAUCCUAUUAAUGCGUGUUUAACACGUUCGUUAGCAUUUUCUUUUGUAUAAUUGAUACGUACCUUGUACAGUUGAUAUGUAGAAGUGUCCUCUCGUAUGUAAAUGACAUAAUUUUCGUGGUAUUGUGACGGUUUAAUUUGUGAUAAAAGAUAAAAAUUUUGAAGACUGUAAAUGAUUAAUGUGUGUGUUUAAUAUACAUACGUAUCAAUAUUGUUUAGAAAUUUUACUUAUUUAGCUUAUAAUUGGAAUUUUGCAACUGAUUUUGUAUGUAUUGAAUUCUGUAACACAUAGUGAAGCAUUGCACACUGGCAAGAAAAACCCGCGAUAUAGAAUUUCGUAGAUAACGCUUACCCUAACAAACGAGUGAUUAAAAUCUAGCAAUAGCAUUGGUGAAAUUAAAUAACUGUUUUUGAGGAACACGAAUCGAAUAUAAAAUCCUGAACAAUUCUCAAUUAAUAAUCAUAUAAUCGCAGUGUUUGCAUAAAGGAUCCAUUUUUAGAUCGUCCUUUAAAAAUAUAUAAAUUCGUCUAUUUGUUACUGGAUGUUGGAUUUUUGUUUAAUAUGUAGUCACAAAUUAAUGUCCUUAAUUUAUAGUAAUAAGCCAUAAUUGGUUCGAAAUAUAAACAUUUUUUUUUUCUAAAAAUGGCUUCCUAAUUAACAAAGCAUCUUUUUCAGGAUAGAUUUUAAAAUUUUAACAUGAUCCUCUACUUAAUAAUAAAAUGCAAUCUCUUGUGAAUCAAUCCUUGUCAGAGCUUAAAAUUUGCAGAGUGAGAUAAGAGUGAUUAUUUUGUGUUUAUUUUUUUACAUGUAAUGCUACCAUUUUUAGUUGUUAGUAAUUAGUUAAGAAUAAAUUUAACCUUAGUAUAUUAAAAGACAAAUUAAAAAUUACGAGAAUGGUUAAAACUGUGUAUGAUUGUUUAGUGAAAAUGAUCGUCCAAUUAAACGAAUCUAUUCUAUCCCUAUUCUGGUGCGGUUAAAAAUAAACAAUUGAUAUGAUGCUUGAUUAAACUAAACCUUAUGUCAGUGUCGUAAAGUUUAAGGCAUUACUUCUUUUAGAUUAUUUUUUAUUCAGAUCUCAUUACUGUAUGCAAUAAAUAGAAAAAAAAAACAAAGUGAGCAAUCACUCGUGUUUCAAACAUUCCGAAUUUUGCACGAAUUUAAAACAAGUAUUGAAAUUUGACAUCGUAUAUAACUUGCACCACAUUAUAAUGUGUGACGACCUUAUAAAAACGAAGAAUCGCUAACAAAGUAGUCUGCGACAAACAAUUUUAAACUCUACUCAGAUUUUGAUAUAAUUUAUUAAGUAAAACGAUAAAAAACUAACAUUGCAUAAUUAAAACCAAAGAUUAUAAGAACGCUCACUUAAAAAUGAAUCAUAAAUUUACGAUAAUAACUU